GGGUCGGGCCGGGCCGGGCCGGGCCGCUCAUACUGAGAUUUUUCCGUUACCUAACUACAUAUAUUGAAAAGACUCGCUUCGCUCGCUGCGCUCGCUCGCUCGUAACAACGCAGCAGUUCGAUAGACGACAGACGGCCGCUUUGUGGCAUAUCCCUAAGCUAAUAUGCACGAGGUUGCAAAUCAGCUAAAAAAAAGCCAGUGAGCGCAAGCGAAAGCGAGCUUCCAAGCACUUUUCAAGCAGUUUCUAGCAUUGACCUGGUAUUCGUCUUAAUCGGCGUAAUUAACCAGAUCCAAGACCAGAUCGAAACCAAUGACGGGUUUGAAACACCGAUGCACAGAAGCUUUUUCGAUUUGUGAGUGUGUGGUCAAACGGUAAUUGUUGGAGAUGAGCAAGAAAACUUCCUAGUCUUUUUUUCUUCUAGAAAAGAAAAAUAAUGUAGAAAUUCUAUAACAAUAAGUAGAAUAGUGAAUACGUCUACAAACAUUGAAGUUCGUCUGAGUAAUACGUGGCACCGAUAAAGAAAUACUGUGGAACAUACGCAUUCAGAUCAUUGCAGAAAAGAAUGUCAACUUCAAGCAUCGCUAGUUGUGGAGGAGCGUCCAUCCGCAGUCAGGCGGACGCGUUCAGAGCCGUCACAGACCAACAGAUGGACCAGCUAUCGGACGAGCAGCUGCAACGCUCCACCGAGCAGCUGCAGACGGCCGUCCGGCAGCUGCAGCUGGAGACAGACGUCUUUGAGCGCUUUCUCCAGCGGGUCGACCCAUGGGAGCACGCCGCCAGCGCCGCGCCCGCCGCCAGCUCCGUCCAGUCGGCCACGCCCUCAAUCAGCCCCGCCCAGUCAGCCUCUGACGUCAGCACCAGUGACCAAUCAGCGCGCAGCACUCUACGCGGCGCACGGCGCGCCGGCAAACCGAGUGGCAAGGGACGGGUCGGCCUGAGCGGCGGCGUGCGAGGAGCGCCACUCAGUCGGCUGACACCUGAGCAGCGCUGUGACGUGGCCAGCCGGGAGCUGGAGGAGCUCAACGACUCGCUGCGCCAGCAGGAGGGCCAGCACGAGCGCAGCCUGCACAACCUCAGAGCUGUUCUGGAGGCAGCAGAUAUCCGGCUGAAGGAGAUCCAGAGCAUAACGGCCAUGUUUGAAAAGGACGUCAUCAAGGGAGCCGUCAACCCUCGCUCCAGUCGGGUGAUGUCAGAGAAGAUCCGCGACAGUGUGGCAGGUUUACACCAAGCAGUACAGCCGGAGCCGACAAUGGAUCUCGCAGCCUCAGCAGCUGUCGCAACUGGGCCCAAAAGCGCAACACUGCUGGACAGAGCCAGAACAAAUGCAAGAUAGACUCGCGUGAACUUGGGCAACGGUCGCAGCUAUCUGAGGGAAGGAUUCCGUACAGGUGCAAACGGCUAUUAGUUGGGAUAAUACGAUGCAUUAUUCGUAGUUGAAGCCAUCUGAGCCUAAAGUCGGCGGUACUAACGUAUAACUUCUUAAAAAGAUUGGUCCAAACCGUAGGUGACGGCAGGACUAAUUCCGAUUGCCAUUUCCUUAUGGCGGUUUCUGGUGCCGAUACUGGGACUGAUUUCAGAAGCUUUGGAUAAGACCACUGGGCACACUUGUGAAUAGAACUAAUAUCGCUUAAAAUUUCCGGCUCGUCGUCGUUUAUCGGUUUUUCCAUCUCGAGGGUUCGCUUCCAUUGGGCUGGAAUUGAUAAGAGCAAACUGUUCCAGCCGAUAAAAUGCGAAAUAUGGAAGCGCAGUUGUAGCUCGCUAGCUGUCAUUAGCCGUCUUUCAGUGGUGUUGUGUAUAUCUUUUAUUUGAACGACUCCUCUUGCAAUCAUUUGACUAAUUUUAAUGGACUUACUACAUUUUACGUCUUUAUUGUACCAUAUCAUCUUGGAGAGAAUUUGCCGACCUGAUGGGGUACAAUCAUCGGCUAAUUUAUACCAGGCAUCAGCGACCUCCUCCCAAAAUCCAUUGCGCAGCCUUUGACUGAUGCAUUUUUUAUCGCCGUUACAAUGAAAUACCGUUAUGUCUCGUCUGAUAGUAAGCUUUUCGUGCAUUAAUACCUUCCAUGGACUUGUACAGUCUGGGUCCAAGAAUUUCUUAACCCAAUGUAUCUUUAAGCUGUUCGCCUGUGACCUGAUGUCUGGAACCUGUAAGCCGCCUUCGUUUUUCAAAUUUUUCAUUGUUGAACGUUUUAUUUUCUCUGUGCUCCCCCAAAUAAAUCUGAACAUAAUUCUU